GGGCGCUUUCCGGCUCGCCUCGCAGGUGCUGAUGUGUCGGGGAGGCGGGGCUUGGGGGAGCCAGUCCCUGCGACGCUCCCUGCUCCGACGUGCAGCUGUGGUGGAUCUAGCUCCCCGAGGCCAUGGGGGUGUCUGCUCGGUCCGCGCGGGCCCAGCCCCACUCUGAUAAAGUACAGAAAGACAAGUCUGGACAGACCUCAGGGCCCCCUCAGAGCAGCCGAAUGGGGAAACUCUUGGGUUUUGAGUGGACAGAUGUGUCCAGCUGGGGGAGACUGGUGACCCUGCUGAAUAGACCAACGGAUCCUGCAAGCCUGGCAGUCUUCCGUUUUCUCUUUGGGCUGUUGAUGGUGCUGGACAUUCCCCAGGAGCGGGGGCUCAGCUCCCUGGACCGAAGAUACCUGGAUGGGCUGGAGGUUUGCCGCUUCCCUUUGCUGGAUGCCCUGCAGCCACUGCCACUUGACUGGAUGUAUCUUGUCUACACCAUCAUGUUUCUGGGGGCACUGGGCAUGAUGCUGGGCCUGUGCUACCGGAUAAGCUGUGUGUUAUUCCUGCUGCCAUACUGGUAUGUGUUUCUCCUGGACAAGACGUCGUGGAACAACCACUCCUAUCUGUAUGGUUUGCUGGCCUUUCAGCUGACGUUCGUCGACGCAAACCGCUACUGGUCUGUGGACGGCCUGCUGAGCAGCCGGAAGCGGAAUGCCCACGUGCCCCUCUGGAAUUAUGCUGUGCUGCGUGGCCAGAUCUUCAUUGUGUACUUCAUUGCGGGCGUGAAAAAGCUGGACGCUGACUGGGUGGAAGGCUACUCCAUGGAGUACCUGUCCCGGCACUGGCUCUUCAGUCCCUUCAAACUUGUGUUGUCCGAGGAGAUGACGAGUCUGCUGGUGGUGCACUGGUGUGGGCUGCUGCUCGACCUCUCAGCGGGUUUCCUGCUCUUCUUUGAUGCCACAAGAUCCAUCGGCCUCCUCUUCGUGUCCUACUUCCACUGCAUGAAUUCCCAGCUUUUCAGCAUUGGAAUGUUCCCGUAUGUCAUGCUGGCCAGCAGCCCUCUCUUCUGCUCCCCCGGUUGGCCUCGGAAGCUGGUGGCUCACUGCCCAAAAAGGCUGCAAGACCUGCUGCCCCUCAGGAUUGCCCCUCAGCCCAGUGCCUCCUGCAUGUACAAGAGGAGUCGGGCCAGAGGAGGCCAGAAGCCAGGGCUGCGCCAUCGCCUGGGUGCCGCCUUCACCCUGCUCUACCUCCUGGAACAGCUCUUCCUGCCCUAUUCCCAUUUCCUUACCCAGGGCUAUAACAAUUGGACGAAUGGGCUGUACGGCUACUCCUGGGACAUGAUGGUGCACUCCCGCUCCCACCAGCAUGUCAAGAUCACCUACCGUGACGGUCGCACCGGAGAGCUGGGCUACUUGAACCCUGGGGUAUUCACACAGAGCCGGCGUUGGAAGGAUCAUGCAGACAUGCUGAAGCAAUAUGCCACUUGCCUGAGCCGCCUGCUUCCCAAGUACAAUGUCACUGAGCCCCAGAUCUACUUUGAUAUUUGGGUCUCCAUCAAUGACCGCUUCCAGCAGAGGAUUUUUGACCCUCGCGUGGACAUUGUGCAGGCUGCCUGGUCCCCCUUCCAGCGCACACCUUGGCUGCAGCCACUGUUGAUGGGCCUGUCUCCCUGGAGGACCAAGUUACAGGAAAUCAAGAGCAGCCUGGACAACCACACUGACGUGGUCUUCAUCGCUGAUUUCCCUGGGCUGCACCUGGAGAACUUUGUGAGCGAAGACCUGGGCAACACUAGCAUCCAGCUGCUGCAGGGACAGGUGACCGUGGAGCUGGUAGCAGAACAGAAGAACCAGACUCUUCAGGAGGGAGAAAAAAUGCAGUUGCCUGCGGGUGAGUACCAUAAGGUGUAUACGCUGCCUCCUGGUCCUUCAUGCUAUAUGUACAUCUAUGUCAACACCACAGAGCUUGCCCUGGAGCAAGACUUGGCAUAUCUGCAAGAAUUAAAGGAGAAAGUAGAGAAUGGAAGUGAAACAGGGCCUCUGCCUCCGGAGCUGCAGCCUCUGCUGGGCGGGGAAGUAAAAGGGGGCCCCGAGCCAACACCUCUGGUGCAGACCUUUCUCAGACGCCAGCAAAGGCUCCAGGAGAUUGAACGCCGGCGAAACGCCUCCUUUCACGAGCGACUUUUCCGAUUCUUGCUGCGAAAGCUCUAUAUCUUUCGCCGCAGCUUCCUGAUGACUUGUAUCUCACUUCGAAAUCUGGUAUUAGGCCGCCCUUCCCUGGAGCAGCUGGCCCAAGAGGUGGCUUACGCGAACUUGAGACCCUUUGAGCCAGUUGAAGAGUCGAGUCCUUCAAACACAGAGUCUUCAAAUCCUAAUCCUCCUGAGCCAAAUUCGGACCCUGUCCACUCAGAGUUCUGAGGGAGGCCAGAUGUUGGGGAGAGAUGUAGGAGCUGCCAGUCACAGGGCCAUUACCUAUGCAGUGGACAUUUGAAAACAUUUUCAGAUUUUUUAAAAUAUUUUCUUCCUUAUCUAUAGCUCUCAUAAAUUCAGAGAGGACAGUUUAGAGGAACCAAGGAGGUAAAGCAAAGAUAAGAUUUAUCAAGCCCAGGUUGAGGGGCUUGGGGCAGGGGCUUAAAAAACAAUGGGAAGGAGUUCCCAUCGUGGCUCAGUGGUUAACGAAUCCAACUAGGAACCAUGAGGUUUCGGGUUUGAUCCUUGGCCUUGCUAAGUGGGUUGGGGAUCCGGUGUUGCUGUGAGCUGCGGUGUAGGUUGCAGACAUGGCUUGGAUGCUAUGUUGCUGUGGCUCUGGCGUAGGCUCGCGUGUACGGCUCUGAUUGGACCCCUAGCCUGGGAAUCUCCAUAUGCCACAGGUGCAGCCCUAGAAAAGACACACACACACACAAAUGUGAAAAUGGCUUUCUAGGGUAAAGGAGUAAGAAUCAGGUUUAAAGUGACUGGCUCCUUGGGGAAGGAGAUUUAAGGUACCAUGAGGAAAAUAAUAGCAGACUGUUCUCAGUGUUUGCCAUGUGCUGGGCACUGGGUGAAGCGCUGUGCCUGCAUUAUUACAUUUAGUCCUUAAUGGCCAUUAGUCCUGUCUUACAGUUGGAGAAACUGAGGCUGAGAGGUAAUAUAAUUUGCUCAAAGAUACCCAUCUAGUAAGGAAUGGAUUGAUGGUUGAACCUCGGUCCUGCACCCUGCCUCUUGUAAUUUUCAGAAUCACUGACAAUAAUUCUGAGAUAAUGCAGCUUAAACCUUGUCUCCUUACAAAGUAUGAUUAGGAUGGUGAUCAGGUCUUAAAAGCACACAGUAAUUUUCUCUUCACUGCAAUUUUGUUUCCUUCUUUGUUCUUAGUAUUUAUAUAGCCAGUAUGUUUCUCACUAGCAGUUAUGAGCAUAGUUAGAAUAGUACAAGGUUCAAUAAGGAAAUUUAGAUGAUUAGUAAUGGUAUUUCUAUAAAAAUAGGCUUAUUAUCUAGCCUUUUGUGAGCAGGAGGUGACGUAAGAUUUAACUUAACAUGGUGAAAGAUUAGGUUUGGAUGUUGAAGGUUUGUAUGUGAUUCAGGAAGAUCCUCAAUUCUGUGGAAGUUCAAAGGCCUACACUAGACUAGGAAGUGAGAAUGCCUAAUUACACAAAACAAAACCAGGGGUUUCCAUCACGGCUCAGUGGAAAUGAAUCUGACUAGCAUCCAUGAGGACACAGGUUUGAUCCCUGGCCUCGCUCAGUUGGUUAAGGAUCCGGUGUUGCCGUGAGCUGUGGUGUAAGUCGCAGAUGCAGUUCGGAUCCUGAGUUGCUGCGGCUGUGGCUGUGGCUGUGGUGUAGGCCAGCAGCUGUAGCUCUAAUUUGACCCCUAGCUUGGGAACCUCAAUGUGCCACGGGUACGGCCCUAAAAAGACAAAAAACAAAAACAAAAUGAGCCCCCUGCUCUGGGGCCUCAUGGUCCCAAGACAGAGACUGGCAGUAGCCUGGCAGUGCCAGUGACUUUGAUAAAGGAUUGCAUCUCUUUUCAGGCAUCUCUUCCCAUGCCCCGCCCCACCCAGUCUCAGGGCUCUUUCCUAGGCAGCUGCCUUUUCACCACAUACUUGGGGUGAUUUAUGUCUGCUCCGUGGUUUCCAGUCAUGCUGCUGCUUAGGUUUCUGUCCUGUGCCCUAGAGCUGUAUGUCCAGCUCCAUCUGGAUAUCCCACAGAGCUUUCAAACUGUCCAAACAGAACUUGCAUUCCUCAGACCUGCUUCUCCUUUAUUAGUGAAUGGUGACUUUUUUCCCACUGGGCCGGGCUGGGGAUUGAAUCCAUGCCUCAGUAGUGAAUUGAGCCGCUGCAGAGACAAUGCCAGAUCCUUAACUUGCUGUGCCACAUUGGGAACUCCAACUUUUUUAUUUAAACCAAUCCCUGAGUAAUCAGCCUUGACUCUCCCUUUCUCGCAUUCCUUUUUUUUUUUUUUUUUAAAGAAUCUAAACUUUUUUGUCUUUUGGUGUUUUUGUUUUUUUGGCUGUGCCUGUGGCACGUGGUAAAUUUUCAGGCCAGAGCGUCACACCUACACCUCAGCAGUGACAACACCGGCUAGGCCACCAGGGAACACCCUUCUCAUUCUUGAGAUUUCAAGUCCCAUCAAUUCUACCUCUGUUGGAUCUGUUGAAUUCAUCUCUACUACCUCUGUUCUUUCAGCCUUUAUACUGGAACCUAGUUAGGGAUAGACUAGAGCAGGCCUGCCAUGUAGUUGGGCAGGUUGGGCCUGAAUAAGGGUACCCCAGAGGCCACAGGGAGCUUGGCAGCAAGUCCUUCUGCUUCAUACCAGGCAUUUGGUGGGUUAGCAGUGGUUAUGUCAUAGGGCAUCUCACUAACUGAAAGCCAGCGUGGCAGGCAGUCCUUUGCCAGUAGGUUUGGCUAUCCUUGUUCCCCCCACAACCCCUGCACCCACAUUUUACUAAGAAUAGCUCUUCACUUUGGGAGGGAACUCAUGCAAAGGUACUUUUCUAACACAGGCAUGGGUGCUGCUUUCCCACAACUGUGAGUACCACCUGUCUCCUUAUCUAAAUGAAAAUAUUAGGGAUGAGGUCAAGAUGCUAGUCUUAAUAAAGAAAAGCUGAUAAUUGGAGUAAAUCAAGGUUAUUCAAAUUUUGGGCAUCCCCAGGCUGUGGAUCUUUCGUGUUCUUUUAGCCAGAAGGCCUUGCAUCCUGUCCCCAGCAUUUGGAUCAUUUGUCCCUGAUCAACAUUGUGCCCCUUGAAAACCCGAGAAAAGCAUGAAGUGCUUUUUUCAGCCAUAAUCACCUUCACCCCUUGCUUCUACUCUUCUCCCUGAGCUGGUUAAUCCCUAUCCCAGGGCUGGUUAGGAUAAACCCACCAUUUAAGGUUACCCUCCAUAGGCAGACUGAGCUGGGAUCAUCCUGGCAAAUACUGAAUUGAACCUCAAAGGCCAUUACUUGUCUGGUGCUGCUUCACCAGCCUACGGGCACUUAAUCAUCCCCCUCAUUUAGCCAACAAUGGUUGCUUAUCUUUUGACAGUAAUGCAAUGACAUCUAAAAGCUUUUUGAAACAUUCUGGAGCUUCUUAAUGUCAUGCAAAGUUGAAGUCCUCAAGUUUCAGAGUACGUCAGUUUUCAUUGACUCUUUAAAAUUUAACCUUGCCUUUCCUCCCAACCUGUUUCUAAACUUUCAAGCCUCUAGGCAAACAGGUAUAAGCUUUCCUUAGACCACUAGUUUUCAUACAUGCUGUGAACAUAUGCCAACUGGGUCCUAGGCUCAAGGUUGGUCCAAGCUCUAUGGUUAAUGAACCUGUUACACCAACUGCCACAAAUAAGCCCUUGGAAUUUGUAUUUUCACUAGUUUUAAGUAUAUCUCAUUUUAGCUCACUUACUGUGUAAGAUACUGAAAACUGGUCCCUCACUGCUGUCUACUGUUUUCAAACUAGUAUCUACUAAAGAUCUAACCUGCAGCCUUAAACGCUUAUUUAUGUAGAGAUCAAAACUUAAGGCAAUAAACUCUAAAAUUUCUAGAGAUGAAAAUCUGCUUAAAUUUUUGAAAAUAAACAUCACUGCUUCCACAUUAUACUCAGUGGUUCUUAUGCCCUUAUUUUCUUUUUUAGGGCCACACCCACAGCAUAUGAAGUUCCCAGGCUAGGAGCUUAGGGGCAGAAGCAAACCACAGCUGCCUGCCUAGCCACAGCAAAGCAGGAUCUGUGCCACAUCUGCAACUUGCACUGAAGCUCAUGGCAACAUUGGAACCUUAACCUUACCCACCAAGACCAAGGAUGGAACCUAUGCCCUUAGUUUUAAACACUGCUGACGGUACAAUAGUGGCAGCUGCAAAAGGGGAUGAAUUUUAUCCAUUUUGCUGGUGAAGAAAAGGGGCAAUGCUGGACAAACUGAAACCAAAACUUAAAUCUUUUUCUUAAUGCUAGAAAUAGGAUUUACAAACCUUUUAAAUGCCUGCAGUUAGGGUUGAAGUGAUUUCUGAGCCAUAGGUGGGAUUACAAUUACUCAGGGUUUCAACUCAUAUUCACGCCAGAACACUUGACAACAAUAAUGGACACGUUAAGGUAGAACCUAGCAUUUUAUUUAGAUCUUCAUUAAACUGUUGGAAUUGAGAACCAGACAUACGUAAUAAACCUCCAAAAAUAGAUCCUGAAAGGCACUUUCUGCUUAGGGCAAGCAGUCAUGGAAUAAGCAUGUAAACAAGCUGGCUUCUCUGUACCACACCAGCCAAGUCAGCUUUCUCCAUGGCCAGCCGCACCAGCUCUGCCCUCCCUUCUGUUAACACCAGCCAGAACCCCUGUAGGUCUAACCCAAGGUUUUUCUGUAGGACACCUUGGCCUACCUGGGAAUGCUGGAAACAUGUUAAAGGAAUCAUGGUGUUGAGGAAAAAAAGAAAACUCUUUUAAAAGCUGCCAUCUGAGGUGAUGGCUUCUCUGUACUUACGCCAUACCCCAGAAUACAAUAAAUAAGCAAUUAGAAAAUGUUCAAGUAUGAAGGGAUUUCCUCCUCCCCGCCAAAAGCACUGCUCUCUGAAGGAAGCUGGUUUCUCUGUAGCUACACCAGCUGUUCAGAAAGCUCAUUGGACCUGGUUUUGAAAACAAAACAAAGUUAAAACCCUGGGAGGAAUUAUUGUGCAGUGUGGAGUACUCAGUCUUUCUUAUAAAGAAAAAAAAAAGUUAUCUGGUACCAAAGUGUGCAACCUACAGACCCUCAGGUACUGCCCUGUGACUUCUCUGUAUGAUAUCACAAGGGUGCCAAGUGCCUGUUUUUCUAGAGCUAGGAGUUGGUGGUUUGGCUAGUGCUGAAACCAUGCAUAGGAUUGGUUUACUAAAUAAAAACCUUAUUACGUACGUCCUCCAAAAGACAGCUGAAAAGUGGAGAGAUUUUGAUUUGGUGCUGUUUAAAAGAGAUGGCAAUUAAGAGCAUAAGCACCAGGGAGAUGGUUUAAUGGUAACUGCCUUUUUUUUUUCUUUCUUUCUUAUGUCAGGCUAGAGCUCCAAGUGGAACUUGCGUUACAUGCAAGAAUGACUGGAUAGGGAACACUCCCUGACAAAGAGCUACAUAAUUAGAAAUGGAUCAAGUUAUAGGGAGGGUAAGGGAAGGCUUCACAUUCAUAAUAGAGCUCAAGACAUUACAAAUUCAUGCUGACAGGGCUGUGGCAUUGCCAGACAGAGGCUAUAA